AUGGAGAUGGCGGCGCCGGGCCCGGCGAUCUUCUCCCGCGGCUUCCGCUUCAACCCGACGCCACUCGAGGCCGCCACCUACUACCUCCCCCGCCUCGUCGCCGGCGCGCCGCUGCACGAGGCCGUGCGCCCCGUCGUCAACCAUGCCGACGUCUACGGCUGCGAGCCCGGCGACCUCGCCCGCCAGUUCUGCCCGCUGCCCAGGACCGGGCACCGAUUCUUCUUCACCCACUGCAAGCUGCAGCAGCCGCAGAGGGCGGGGAAGGCCAGUAGGGCCACGCGCGCCGCCGGCUCCGGGUCGUGGCACUCGCAGAGCGUCAAGGACGUCGUGGACCACGCCGGUGUCAAGUUCGUGCUCUGCAACAUCUACGUGUCCCCCAGGGCCGAUCAAGGCUCCGCGGCGCGCCAAGAAUCCGCCGCCUUCUUCGCUCCACCUGCGCCUGCGCCAGCGCCCGUCGUGAUCGCGCAUGCAGCGGCGGCGCCCAAGAGGCCGGCGCCGCAGAGCGCCGAGCCGCCGUGCCCCAAGCGGAUGCGGGCUGCCGUCGCCCCGACGCCUCCGGUCGUGCAGCCGGCGGGUUAUUGCACGGCGUCCUUCGCCCCACCACUGCCGUACCCGUACCCGUACGUGCCUCACAUCGCCGCUUCAUCUCAGCCUCCGCCGCCGCCACUUCCGACCCGUCUUGCAGCGCCGCCGCAGAGUCGCUCGUCGGCGCCCACACCACUGCAGCCGCGUUCGCUACCUAAGCAGCAGGCGCCGCCGCCGACUCUCUCGGUGGUACGUGCCUGCCACAUGCCAGUGGAAGAACCGGCACGUCACUGCCAGCCGCCUCAGCCGUCCGUGCAGAGGAAGCAGAGCACACGUGAUCCGUUUGAAGCCGCUGAGCUGGGAGACGAAGCAGAGGAGGAAAGGGUGGCAGCGCCUGAUCCCAUGGAGUCCCCUGCAGCGCUUGUUGAUCAAGAUGACGACUGGGCCGAGUUGGAAAAGUGCAUGGACGACGCCGUGCCAACAGCCGAGGGCUCGACGGUGAGUGAGGACGAGAUGGACCAGACGAAGCAGAGCACGGGCGACCCGUUUGAAGCUGCCGAACUGAGAGACGAAGCAGAGAAGGAAAGUGUCGCAGCGCCUGGUCCGGCACAAGAUUUCGACAUGGACGAGUUUUGCAGGUCACUAGAAGGAAAUGGCGACUUGGUAAGGCUCUUUGAGGAUGAAGACAACGUGCUGACAGCCGAAGCGGAGGAGGAAGCAGCUGCCAACUCUGAGGGCUCAACGAUGGCUGAAGACGCGCCCGAUCCAUCGUCCAUGGAGGAGUCGCCUGCGGCGGCACAAGAUUUCGACAUCGACGAGUUUUGCAAGUCAGUACAGGACGACAUACGGGCAUGCGAGCUGGACCACUUUGCAUGCUCUUUCGAGAACGAAAGCUUUUCCUGGGAGUAUGGCAUGGGUUAG